CCCAGCCCGCUCCUCGCUCCUCGCCAACUCCGGGCCCAGCCGCGGGGGCGCACGGCGGGCGGACAGCAUGCUGAGCCUCCUCAUCUGGAUCCUCACUCUCUCCGACACUUUCUCCCAAGGGACCCAGACGCGCUUCAGCCAGGAGCCAGCCGACCAGACCGUGGUGGCCGGACAGCGGGCCGUGCUCCCCUGCGUGCUGCUCAACUACUCGGGGAUCGUGCAAUGGACCAAGGACGGGCUGGCGCUGGGCAUGGGCCAGGGGCUCAAAGCCUGGCCGCGGUACCGGGUCGUGGGCUCCGCAGACGCCGGGCAGUACAACCUGGAGAUCACAGACGCCGAGCUCUCUGACGAUGCCUCUUACGAAUGCCAGGCCACGGAGGCCGCCCUGCGCUCCCGGCGGGCGAAGCUCACCGUGCUCAUCCCCCCGGAGGACACCAGGAUCGAUGGAGGCCCCGUACUUCUGCUGCAAGCGGGCAUCCCCCACAACCUCACAUGCCGAGCCUUUAAUGCCAAGCCUGCGGCGACCAUCACCUGGUUCCGGGAUGGGGCGCAGCAGGAGGGCGCUGUGGCCAGCACGGAGCUGCUGAAGGACGGGAAGAGGGAGACCACCGUCAGCCAGCUGCUCAUCAACCCCACAGACCUGGACAUCGGGCGGGUCUUCACCUGCCGCAGCGUGAACGAGGCCAUCCCCAGCGGCAGGGAGACCUCCAUUGAGCUUGAUGUGCACCACCCUCCCACGGUGACCCUGUCCAUCGAGCCACAGACGGUACAGGAGGGCGAGCGUGUUGUCUUUACAUGCCAGGCCACAGCCAACCCUGAGAUCCUGGGCUACAGAUGGGCCAAGGGCGGCUUCUCCAUUGAAGAUGCCCAUGAGAGUCGCUAUGAGACGAAUGUUGACUAUUCCUUCUUCACGGAGCCUGUGUCCUGUGAGGUUUACAACAAAGUGGGCAGCACCAAUGUCAGCACUUUAGUGAAUGUCCACUUCGCCCCCCGGAUUGUGGUUGACCCUAAACCUACGACGACAGACAUUGGCUCUGAUGUGACGCUCACCUGUGUCUGGGUUGGGAAUCCCCCCCUCACCCUCACCUGGACCAAGAAGGACUCCAACAUGGGGCCCAGGCCUCCUGGCUCCCCACCCGAGGCUGCUCUCUCUGCCCAGGUCCUGAGCAACAGCAACCAGCUGCUGCUGAAGUCGGUGACCCAGGCAGACGCCGGCACCUACACCUGCCGGGCCAUCGUGCCCCGCAUCGGAGUGGCUGAGCGGGAGGUGCCGCUUUACGUGAAUGGGCCCCCCAUUAUCUCCAGCGAGGCAGUGCAGUACGCCGUGAGGGGAGACGGCGGCAAGGUGGAGUGUUUCAUCGGGAGCACACCUCCCCCAGACCGCAUUGCGUGGGCAUGGAAGGAGAACUUCCUGGAGGCGGGGACGCUGGAACGCUACACGGUGGAGAGGACCAGCUCGGGAAGCGGGGUGCUGUCCACCCUCACCAUCAACAACGUCAUGGAGGCCGACUUCCAGACGCACUACAACUGCACCGCCUGGAACAGCUUCGGCCCGGGCACCGCCAUCAUCCAGCUGGAGGAGCGAGAGGUGCUGCCUGUGGGCAUCAUCGCUGGAGCCACCAUCGGGGCGGGCAUCCUGCUCACCUUCUCCUUCAUUGCCCUGGUGUUCUUCCUCUACCGGCGGCGCAAAGGCAGUCGCAAGGACGUGACCCUAAGGAAACUGGACAUCAAGGUGGAGACGGUGAACCGGGAGCCACUCACCAUGCAUUCUGACCGGGAGGACGACACCGCCAGCGUCUCCACCGCGACCCGCGUCAUGAAAGCCAUCUACUCAUCCUUCAAGGACGACGUGGACUUGAAGCAGGACCUGCGCUGUGAUACCAUCGACACCCGGGAGGAGUAUGAAAUGAAGGACCCCACCAACGGCUACUACAACGUGCGCGCCCACGAGGACCGGCCGUCCUCCCGCGCGGUGCUCUACGCCGACUACCGCGCGCCCGGCCCCGCCCGCUUCGACGGCCGCCCGUCCUCCCGCCUCUCGCACUCGAGCGGCUACGCGCAGCUCAACACCUACAGCCGGGCGCCCGCCGCCGACUACCCCGAGCCCGCCGCCCCGGGCCCCGCCACGCCCGCGGGCGCCGACACGGCCAGCCAGCUGUCCUACGACAACUACGAGAAGUUCAGCUCCCACCCCUUCCCCGGGGCGACCGGGUACCCCACCUACCGACUGGGCUACCCGCAGGCGCCCCCCUCCGGCCUGGAGCGGACCCCCUUCGAGGCCUACGACCCCAUCGGCAAGUACGCCACGGCCACGCGCUUCUCGUACACGUCGCAGCACUCGGACUACGGGCAGCGCUUCCAGCAGCGCAUGCAGACGCACGUGUAGCCGGACGGACGGACGGACGGACGGACGGACGGACGGCGGGCGGGCGCUCUGCGGGCAGAGGAGGAGCGGGUCCCUGAUAUUCAGGGGCGCUGCUCGCCGCUCCUGUCCCCAGCCAGCCUUCCUCCUUCCGCCGCGGCAGGUGGGGGGACAGGUCUCCCCCCGAAACACCCACCCGAGGUGCUCCGUGCUGCCCAGCCUCCUGGGCCUGCCCUUCGCUCUCCCGCGGGAGGGUGGGUGUGUCUCUGACCUGCCCCGGCGUGGGGCUGGGAAGGUGCAUUCCUAUCCCUUCCCGUCCCGCCCCUCUGGUCUCCCAGGAGUGGAUGGGGGUUCGUGCGGGAGGGAGUCGGCUCUGGCCCAGGGGACCUGCAGUCUAGGGGUGAGUGGCGCUGGCACAUAGAGGUGGAAACGGGAUGGCCCGGCCGGUCCUCUGUCAUCUGCAUGUGUACCCCGGUGCACCCCCUUCCUCGGGACUGCAGAAGGUCCUGGGGUUUAUUUUACCUCGGUCUAGAGAACAGCCCUGGCACCGAGUUCAAGUCCAGCCCCCACCCAGCGAGAUGGAAAUGCCCGCCCUCCUGGCUGCCCGGCUGUCAGUCUGCAGAGGGAUCAGGGGUCAUGGUGGAAGAAGGAAAGGCCAGGAGCCAUGUCCUGACUCACCAGCAAGACGGCUGUGUGUGACCUAGCCGUUUCCAGAACCCACGCUAGGGGCGCCCACCCAAGCCGCUUUCUCUCCCCAGUCUGCCCCCCUUCCUGGUUUGAAUUCCUGCCUGGGGAGAUGUGGGUGAGAGGGUAGGAGUACUUACUAUAGGGUAUUUUUUUCAAAGAAAAAAACAAAACAAUAAACCCUCCCCAACAACAAUAAACAUCUCAUUUGGGGGAAAAAAAGUAAUAAUAAAGCUGUAGGGAUUCCCCCGCCCAAACACAAGUCCCCGUGGGAAGGAGCGGGCACCUGCUCUUCUCCGCCAGCUUCCUGGCACCGUCCGUUGCUCUGUCUCCGAGCACGCUGAAUCUGUCUUUAAACAUCCGGUGGUGAGACCUGUCUUGUGGAUGGACUGACAGGCUUAGGGAGGGGACCUGGCUCUCGGACACCCUGUACCACCCCAGCCCACAGCUGCCUAGAGGCCACCUUCUGGGGGGUGGGGGUGAGGGGGGGGGAGAUGUGCUCUUUACACGGGUUUUGCUUAAGCGUCUUUUCCCCCCUCUUGGAUCAAUCCUGUUCCUCGCUUUGCAGUGCCUUGAGCUCAGGUUGGCCGGCCCUGUGUGGGAGACUUGCAGGGAGCGGGUAUUCUGAGCCCCUGACACUGUCAAGUGCUGCAGGUUUUAGGGGACAGAGGGGUCGGGGGGCCUGGUAAAAGGAAGGGCAGACUGGGUAAGGUGGUCCAGAGGGCACUGCAGGCGGCCGUGGCCCAUGCUAACACCCACACAUGCACACGCACAGCCCCCAUGGCUCUCAGCCACCGCCUGCUAACCAAAGAGAACCAGCACUCCAAAGAGAACCCGUGUGGACCGCCCCCUCCCGAGGGCAGGGUCUGGAGUGCACCCCCACCUCGCUCAGCCCUGACGACACAGGUGGGGCCUCCUGUGUGAUGCCCAGGAUGCGCAUCGGCCUUCCUCGUGGUCGCCGUUCAUUAUCAAGUUCGCUUUAGUGAGUUCCAUGCUCCUCGGCCGUGGGCCAUCGGCACCCUUUGGAUGGGUCUGUGGAGUGACAUUCCUGGCCUCACAGCUACCUCUGUCCUCCAGGAGGGGCCAGAGCCCUAGUGACCGGCCCUUUUGAAAACGUCCAGGCUCCUACCCAUAUCCACCCUGGAAGCGGACAGCCCCCUGCAGUCCUUGUAGGUGAGCUCAGUGAGAAGGCCUCAGUGUUAAGGAUGCGGGUUCCUCUGCAAAUUCAUGCAUCUUGAUGAUUUUUCACAGAAUCCAAAAGUCAUGGGCAAUCUGUUAAACAACGGGAAUAUUCCAAAAGGCGUUUUUGUUUGGGGUUUGGUCAGAUUCUCCUCUUUCCCCCUUUUUGGUUGAAGGGUUGGGUCCAUUCUGUUGAAACGAUGGAGAGGAGGGGGCCAAGGUCACUAGGUCACUCAGCUGACGUUGAGGGACCAUUCAUCUUCUGAGGCCUGAUGCAGAGCUGCCGCACUCUCCUCUGUCCCUUCACCUUCCCUGGGGCCUCCUGGGUACCAAGCAAGUGAGGCAUUUCCUGCCCAGCGACCACUUACAGGGUGAAGCCUGCCGGCUGAGGGGUGGGCACAGGGGGCGAGGCCCGAGGACAGCUGACCCCUCUGUGACGGGGCCUGUAGGAAGGGCAUGUGGGUCCAGCACUUCUGACAAAUUCUGGAUCUGGAAGCGGUUCUUGUGCUGCUGGGUGAGCCACGGUUCCUUUGCGAGGGCCUCGCCUGCAUCCUAAAUCCUGGACCCCUCAGCCCACCCACAGAGUUAAGCAAAAACCUUAAGGCAGGAAGGAAGGUGGCCAGGGCUUAGAGCAGUGCUGUUUUGCUCGGGAUGAAAUGGUUGGUUUGCUCACCGUCUCCAGGACUCCAGGCGCUGUGUCUUCUCACCCAGCAUCCUGAGGCAGCCUCUCUGCUUCCCAGGGGGAGCACACUGCCCUGGGGUCUCUGCCCCCGCGCCCUCUCAUUACCCAGUUGGCACGCACGCUGUCAGGGGCCACACGUCCUGGGCUCCUUCAAAUGGAAUCAGGUGGUCUCACUGUAGGGUUUGAAGAAAAUGAUGUUAAAACCCAGACCCCAGCUGGACUGACCUGGCUUAGUCACUGCCUCUCUGCCGUGUGGACACUGUCCCCACUGCUACCCUGCCCAGGCCAGCCCAGCCCCAGAGCCCCCGGCUUCUCUGCCGCUUCGGUGCCCUGUGUGCCGGCCAGGUGACCGCCCUGCCUCUGCAGCCACGCGGGGUGGGGACUCACCCGGAAGGCAUCGGGGAAGCCCCUGGCCACGGUGGGGCCAGCGAGGAAGUGACCAUGGAACUGAAGUGCUCAGGCCCAGGGAUGCCAUUGGGAAGGCAUUUAUUUUUGUGAAGCGGCUAUAAAAUUGGCAUUUAAAUAUCCCAUUCCCUUCUCUCUGCUCUCCCUCC